UUUGAAUUUAGUACAAAAGACGAGUAACCGGUUUAUAUUCAGUAUCAUAGCGACAGUUGACAAGUAAUACAGCAUUUAUUAUUCUAUAUAUUUGAAGUAUUAUUUUAAUAAAAUAAUCUCAUUAUAUUUGUGUUUUUUGUGUUUAUAAAAUACUUGUUUAUAUUAUUUACAAGAAAAAUAACAGUGAAGAAUUCUUAUUAUCCAAGUGUGAGUGUAUUUGUAUACAAGUUGAUAGUCUCGUUACGAACAAAGAUUUGCCCUUAGAAAGGGCGGAAAAAAAUUUUGUAAUUUAAAAAGCAAUAUUGUUGAUCAAAUUGCUGAAUUUUUUUGGUGAAAAAAAUAAAAAUAAUGGAACAAGACACAGUUUGUGGUAGAAAUAGUUUAUCUCUUGAUUUGGCACAAUUUAAUUUGGGGAAUAAACCAAAAAUUAAACCACGUCGUAUUAAAGAACUUUUAGAAUUAAGCAGCGAUGAUGAAAGUGAAGAUAAAGAACAUGAUUCGGAUCAAUCCGAUGAAAAUUCCGAUAUUGACGAUGAAUUGGAAUGUGAAAAAUUGGAAAAAAAUUCAGAUAACUAUCAGAAUGUUGAAACAAAUUCAUCUAAAUUAACAAACAAUAUAGUUACAAAUUUAGAAACGAUUAAUAAAAAUUCUAAGGAAAUAAAACAAAAAUCUCCAAUUUUAAAAGAAUUGCCAAAAAAUGAAACUGUACCACCACAACCGCUUAGUUCAUUAUUACAAUUAAAUCAAUAUUCAAGUGAAACGCCAAUUAAACAAAUUCAAAUUUCCGGUAGUUGUCGACCAAAUCCUUGUAAUUCACAUAAAUCACUUUUUAUCACACCACAAAGUAAAAUUGAUGUUGAUUGUCAAAAAAAUUCAAUGGCAAAGCAUUCUACAAGUUUUGCACAUUUUUCACAAAAUAAUUUACAAACACCAAUGCAAAAUCAAAAAUCACGUUUAAUCGAAAGUAUAAGCACUGAAAAAUCAAAUGGUCUACAAUCGAGUACAUCAAAAGUGGAAUCUUCAAGAUUUUACAAUAUUGAAAAUAAAAAAGUAAGAAGACCAUUGGCAGAGACAAUGAUGCCAGUUUCAGUGAAAAUUGAACCAAAACAAUCAUAUUCAUAUGAAUCACGUUACAAUACAAUUGGAAAUAGUACAGCAUCAAAAAUUGAAGUUAUUUAUCGACGUCCAUUAAAUGAGAGUAAUAUUGAAUUAAAAGAAAAUAAUAAUCCAAAUUUAAAUGAAAAAAUUAACGAUGAAUUAUUAACGAAAUCAAAUUAUAUAUCUACAAAUAGUAAUAAGGAUUCUAUUAUUGAAAAGAUAAAUAACAUUGAAAAGAGGACGGAAAUUAGUGAAAUACCCAAGGAAACAGGACAAUUUUUAUUAAAUAAAAAUGAAUCACCUGAUGUUCCACAAUUAUUUAAUGUUAAAAAUGAAAUUAUUCCACAAUCGUUAAAUAAUGAUGUUCCACAGUUUAUAUCAAAAAAUGAAAUUCAAACAAAAGUAAAAACAUUGUUUCCCACAACAAAAAGUGAUGAACAAAUAUUUCCCACAGUUAUAAAUAAAUCACCAAAAUUAUAUAACACUGUAAACGAUGUUCCACAAUUUAUAUCAAAAAAUGAUGUACAAACAAAAGUGAAAACAUUAUUGUUUCCCACAACAAAAAGUGAUGAACAAUUAUUUCCCACAGUGAUAAAUAAUUCACCACAAUUAUAUCCCACAGUUGUUAAAAAUGAAACGCCAAAAAUUGUUCAACAAAUACCAAUGUCAUUUGAUUCGCAAUUAAAUCAAAAUAAUGAAUAUAUUAAUGUGAAAAAAGUUACUUAUCGAAAUUUAGGAAUAGUGGGAAAAGGUAUGAGUGGACAAGUUUAUAGAGUACAAAAUUUGGUAAAUAAUACAAUACAGGCAAUUAAAUUUGUUGAUUUUACAAAUUUGGAUACUGAAGGACGACAAGGAUGUAUUGAUGAAAUUAAAUUAUUACACAAAUUACAAGCACCGUGUGUUAUUAAAAUGUUUGAUUAUGAAGUUCAAAAAACACACGCUUAUGUUGUCAUGGAAUUAGGUGACACUGAUCUCAGUCGUUUAAUUAAAACAAAUGCCAUUGAAACGGAUAUUUAUUUCACAUUAUAUUAUUGGAGGCAAAUGUUAAUUGCCGUUGAUCAUAUUCACAAAAGUGGUGUUAUUCAUUCCGAUUUGAAACCGGGAAAUUUUGUCUUAGUUCAGGGAAAAUUAAAAAUUAUUGAUUUUGGAAUAUCGUCUAGUAUAAAUGCCGAUAUGACAUCGGUAGUAAAAAAUUCAACGACUGGAACGUUAAAUUACAUUAGUCCAGAAGCAUUAACUGAUAUUGGAGAAUGCAAGCAUAAGAUAAAUUGCAAAUCAGAUGUUUGGUCACUUGGAUGUAUUCUUUAUAGUCUUGUUUAUGGACACACGCCAUUUAAUGAUAUACGUAAUCAAUGGACAAAAAUAAAUGCAAUACAAAAUCCAAAUCAUAAAAUUAAUUUUCCACAAAAAAGUGGAGAUCAAAUGAAAAUUGUCCCAACAAUAUUAAUUGAUGUUAUGAAAAAAUGUUUAAAUCGUGAUCCAAAAGCACGACCAACGGUGAAAGAAUUAUUAGAUGUUUCUUAUAUUUCCAAUAAUGUGCCAAUAUCAUCUGAAAUUCCCACUCAAUUGUUGUUUAAAAUAUUAAAUAAACAACACAACGAAGAAGAAGGAAAAGAAUUUAUAAAGAUUUUGGAAGAAUUGAGACCAAAGUGACUUUAACAGUGUAAAUAAGUAAAAAAAAGAUAUAUUGAUAAAUCUAAUUAUAUAUUUCAUUAGUUUUAUAUUUUUUAAAAAAAAACUAAUAUACAAAAUAAAUGUACUUGUAUUUAAAUUUUUUUUAUAAUUUAUUCUUUAUUAAUUUUUUUUUUUUAUUAAACGACAGAAUAUUAAAGUUAACAGAUUUUUUUUUUUCUUACGAAAUUAUAUUUUUCACUACAUUUUCCUUUCACUCUCACUCUCUCUCUCUCUUUCUUUCUUUUUCUCUCUCUAUCUCUCGAAUGGUAAUGACGAAACCAGAAUAACUACUAUAGUGUAUUGUAAAAAUUGUAGUGCAGAGCAAUUCUAUAAUUGUUUUCAUUUUUAAUUGUCCAUAACUAUUGAUUUUAAUAAAUUAAUUAUAACUAUA